CUACACCACAUCUCUCGUAGCUUAAGCAGUGACUAUAUUAUAUUUUAUCACCUCUAUGCCCUCUAAACGUUCUGCCACUGCCUCCAUAACUACCGCCUCUAAGCGCCGUCGCAUACACACUUCAUCUGUCUGGACACACAAGGACGACUGGUCUACCCUCCUGAGCGACUCUUCUCUCUCUACCUCGUCCAUCUCCGUUCGACCGCCCCGUUUUCGCACGUUUCCUACUCUGACAAGAUGUGCUAGUGAUGCUGUUGUGAAGGGAUUUCCUUCCUUUUGGAGACUUGCUAAACAUGCGGAUCGAAUGACGAAAUAUAGCGGACCUGAUGAAAUCGUAAGGGAAGAUUGGGAACGAUGGUGGAAAGAAUGGUGGGAAAGAGUCCCUUCACGUCUUCAAGAAACGGUUAGGGACAAUAUAUUCAAGAAAUGGGGAGGUGCAUUGUCUAUUCCGGUCAUACAAGAACUUUUCGUCAUACCUGGCGUUCUGUUCCUUCCAGGAGAUUUGCUUCCUGCUGUUGCUCAAGCCACUCGUCUCAAACCCCUUAUUCCUCCUACGCAUAUUUCAUCGUUGUUGAAUACUCUCAUAUUGACCCAUUCGCCCACCUCUUCCGAUGUCGGCAUAGCUGGGCUCAUCUACCACCUUCCAAAUCUUGAAGCGAUCAACCUCAAGGGUUGUACCUCUGUCGCGGAAAAAACUGUAAAGACCAUUCUCAAUAGGUGCGCAGGCUUGAGAAAAAUAAAUUUGAAAGGGACAAAAAUAGUGGAAAGAGGAGUGAAGGAUCUGCUUGGAACUUUUGGUGGGCAGUUAGAGAGUUUUAAGAUUGACAACGUCACCUUUGACAAUACUGAUGAUACCUUUUCUUCGUCGCCUUACCCCCUCAUCUCGCACCUCUGCCUUCCAGGCGAUAUCCUCAAUCGAUCUUCGUCAUCGGCUAAUCGAAAUACAAUCCGCUUUACUGGGAUGGGAUACCCACAGCCUCGUAACACUUUGACAACUGGCAUUAUACAAUGGAGUGGAUUCAGUAGAUGUUUUCCUAGAUUGACACAUCUGUAUCUGCCUGGACUUUUAGUACCGUCUGGGACGAAGAUUGAUACUUCUUUUCUAAAGUUGGAAAAGAUUGUGCUGGGUCCUCGGGGACCCCCAGUACCAAUCAGCACUGUCAUUAGUCUGAUAGCAGGCCACGAAUCCACUCUCAGAUCUCUUCAUCUAGGCAACGUGUAUCCCGAUAUUCCCUCUUCAAGAGCAUCACACAUGGCUGCUUAUGACGAUCUUGCGAACCAUCUUCGUCAGUCAAAACUGUUAGAACAGUUUCGAUGGCAGACUGAUAUUAAGGGGACGAAUGAUUCGGUGGCUGAUAUCAGUAUGAGGCAAUGGGGAGAAAUGGUGUUUGAGCAUUUUUUCGACACAAGAAAAGGACCUCUCAAGCAUCUUGUACUUGAAGUGCCAUGUCCGUUUCGAACGCCACAGAUGGCGGAUCUAGCUUGUAAUACGGUCAAUCCAAGCCAGUUAGAGACUUUAGAGAUUCCAGGCGCUUAUUUGUUGGACCAUAAGCAGUUUACUCUUAUAAUCGCUUCUUACCCCAAACUGCGACACUUGGAUCUCUCGGGUACAACUAUCGAUGAUGAUGACAUGAAAAUCAUCAUUCGUCACUGCCAACUGCUUUCCAGAAUAAAUCUCACAUCUUGUCGGGGGAUUAAUGUACGUCACAGAAGAAAUAUUUUUGACGUCAGAUGAGUUGGUACGCCUCCUAAUCUAGAUUGUAAACAUGAGAAUGAAGCAUUCAAAGACGAGAGGGAGUUAAUGCCAGAGCGCCUGGAUUGCAUGAUGCUGAUGUGCCCGACUCGUUCUCUUCUUUUCUCCAAAA